GCGAGCUCGGCGGGCGCAGAAGUCGGUUUCUGACUGCGGGAAAAGAUGGGUCUGCCCCCGGGGGGGCUCGUGCUUCUGGGGGGCGUCGCCCUCCUGCUGGUGGUGGGGUGCUCCGGCGCCUCCUCCUCCUCCCGCCACUCCCUGCGCUACUUCCACACGGGGCUGUCUGAGCCCGGCCAGGGGCUGCCCCAGUUGAUCAUUGUGGGCUACGUGGACGACCAGCCCUUUGUGAAGUAUGACAGCGAUGGCAGGAAGAUGCUCCCUCAAGCCCCCUGGAUGGAAGAAUUUGGGAAGGAGGACCCCCAGUACUGGGAAGGGCAGAGCCAGCGAGCGCAGCGGGCAGAGCCUGCCUUCAGAGCUAGCUUGGAGACUGCGAGGCAACGCUACAACCAGAGCCGGGGAGGGCUCCACAUCCUGCAGUGGAUGUACGGCUGCGAGGUGGGGCCAGACGGGCAGCUCCGCGGGGGGUAUAUGCAGGACGCCUACGACGGGGAGGACUUCCUCGCCCUCGACAGAGUGACCGUCACCUGGACAGCCCGCGUGCCCCAGGCCCAGGAGACCAAGAGAAGGUGGGAGGGCGAGGCCCAGCGCGCAAAGGACUACCUGGAGGGGACCUGCGUGGAGUGGCGGAGGUACCUGGGCUACGGCAACGAGACCCUGCUGAGGACAGAGGCCCCAGUGGCGAGGGUGGCACUCAAGAAGGGCUACGAUGGCCAGGAGACCCUCUUCUGCCAGCUCUACGGCUUCUACCCCAAAGAGAUCGAGGUCACCUGGAUGAAGGACGGGGAGGAACGGAUGGAGACCUUGACGGGGGGUGUCAUCCCUAACUCAGACGGGACUUACAACAAAUGGCUCAGCAUCGAGGUGGACCCCAAGGAAAAGGACCGCUACCGGUGCCGGGUGGGACACGACAGCCUGCUGGAGCCCCUGAAUUUGGCCUGGGAGGAGCCAGCAUCCAACUUGGGGCUCAUUCUGGGCAUCGUUGGGGCUCUUCUGGCUGCUCUCAUCCUGGUGGGGGCCGCCGGGGUCGCCUUCUACAUGCGAAAACAACUGAAGAGCUACGAAGCAGCAUCAGAAAGUGACCAGGGGUCGGACACCUCCACCAGGGUUUCUGAACCUGAAGUGUAAGAAGAGAGCAAAGAGAAUCUACUCAGGAGAUCCUGGGGAUUUGCUAUCCCACGCAAAGAGCUUCUGCCGCCUUCAACUCUUGUUUGUUCUGCCACCGAAUCUUCUCUCUGGCAGCAGCUUUUGGUUUCCAAUCUCUAUUGCUUGGAUUUUGAGGGAUUUUUUCCCCUAAUGGACUUGGGUUGAUUUUGCCCUGGCAUUUGAGCCGCUAGUAUUAAUGGGAAAUGAACUGAAAUAUUUGGAGCCAGUGCAAAUCUUUU